AAUCACAAAAAAUACGAAGCGUAUCCACUUCUUGCAGGCAUUCUGUGUAUAAUAAUAAAAAAGCAAUUACUAAAACUAUGAGCUGUAACGAUAAAGGUGACGGAAUCUCCAAAGAGGAAUGGCAAUCUCGACUGGAAACGUAUCCUUUUAGGCAAGAUGAUAUAAACAAACUAAUUAUGAACUAUUUAGUCACAGAGGGUUUCAAAGAAGCUGCAGAGAAGUUCCAGGCGGAAUCUGGUGUUGAACCGUCUGUUGAUUUGAGUUCAUUAGAUAACAGAAUAUUAAUAAGGGAAGCAGUACAGAACGGUCGAAUACAGGAGGCUACACAUCUAGUGAAUCAGCUGCACCCUGAAUUGCUUGACAAUGAUCGAUACCUAUACUUCCAUCUUCAACAGUUGCAUCUUAUUGAAUUAAUCCGGGCUGGAAAAAUAGAAGAAGCACUCACUUUUGCGCAGACACAAAUUUCUGAAGCUGGAGAAAGCAAUCCUGAGGUAUUGAAUGAACUGGAACGCACGCUGGCUUUAUUGGCUUUUGAAAAACCACAGAAUAGCCCAUUUGCCGAUCUUUUGGACCAAACACAUCGACAAAAGGUGGCUAGUGAACUGAAUGCAGCGAUUCUCAAAAUGGAACAUCAGGAACAAUCCAGCCCAAGAAUGAUAAACGUUUUGAAGUUGAUUCUGUGGGCACAAGCUGAGUUGGAUAAGAAAAAUGUCAAAUAUCCGAAAAUGGUUGAUUUAGCGACGGCAACAAUAGAUCCGAAAUGAACGCAGAAUAUGGAGUUCACUUAAAUUGUAAUAAUAAUCUUAUUUUUAUUUACAUUCAAACAAAUCUGACUAGGCGGCGUGAUGUGUGUUGUAAUGAAGUAAAAUAAUACUUUAGGGAUAUUGCAAAGAUGCUGAAAAAUUAAAUGGAUGGAUCUGAAGUAUUCAUCCAUACGUAGUUUUGACAUUAUAUUGUUUGAUUUUUGAUAACACGCUUGUAUCUUUACAAGCUUGUCGUCGUGGGAAGAUGGUGUUGAGUACGAAAAUGAAAUUUAGACUUUUCAAAGGCAGCAAAUCGAGAAAUUUCUGACUAUGAUUAGAUAUUUAGUAUCAAGCAUGUUAAUAAAAAUCUGUCAGCGAAAAA